AUGAUACCCUUGAGGAUAACUGGCACCCGUAGAGGCAUGAGGACCCCUGACUGGAUCUCCUACAGUCUGCACUUUGGAGGCAAGAAACACAUUGUCCACAUGAAGGCCAAGAAACUUCUGGUGUCCAAACCCUUCUCUGUGUUCACCUACACAGACCAGGGUGCUCUGCAUGAGGACCACCCUUUUGUCCAAAGUAACUGCUACUAUCAUGGUUAUGUGGAAGGGGACCCAGAAUCCCUGGUUGCUCUGAGCGCCUGUUUGGGGAGCUUUCAAGGUAUGUUAGAGAUCCAUGACAAUGUUUAUGAAAUCAAACCCAGAAGAUUUUCUACCACAUUUGAACAUCUGGUUUAUAAGAUGCGCAGAGAGAAGACACAAUUCCCGCCCCACAGAUGUGGACUAACAGAAGAAGAACUAGCACGACAACUGACACUGCAAAGGAGUGAUAAUUCCAUUCUGAAGCAAAGUGGCUAUGAAGGGUGGUGGACCCACACAUGGUAUCUUGAAGCAGUUUUGGUUGUAGACUAUCAGCGAUUCCUGUAUAAGAGAGGUAAUGUUUCACUUGUGGUACAGGAAGCAUUUGUCAUUCUCAACAAUGUACAUUCCCUUUUAAGUAAAUUGGAUGUUAAUUUGAGUUUACUUGGAAUUGAGGUCUGGAAUGAAAAGAACUUUAUCAAAGUGACUAAUAACAUAUUUAGACUCCUGGAUGAGUUUUGCAAUUGGAAGAGAAUCAGCCUUGAAUCUCGCAAAAAACAUGAUCUUGUACAUUUUUGGGCAAAACAAGAUUUUGGUAUACAUCUUGGCUUAGCCUAUAUUGCAACUGUAUGCAUACCUGGUAUGGAAUGUGGAGUGGAAAGUCUCACGAAUGAUUAUCUUUUUGAUUUUUCACUUACUACUGCACAUGAGGUGGGUCAUAAUCUGGGUAUGUACCAUGAUGUAUGGAUAUGUCAAUAUGGGCAACGCCAUUGUAUAAUGUCUGAAGAACAAUCAGAUGGCACAAGAUUCAGCAACUGCAGUUAUGCUUAUAUGUGGGAAAACUUUCCAUUUAUGAACUGUUUGCGCAAUGCACCAAAACAAAUGGAUGUCUUCAGGGGGAAUGUCUGUGGGAAUGGUGUAGUUGAAGAAGGAGAGGAGUGUGACUGUGGACCCCCAAUUUUGUGUUCAAACCAUCCAUGUUGUUCAGUAAGUUGCACUCUGAAAAAUGGGGCUGAAUGUGCUUCUGGGCUUUGUUGCGAAGACUGCCUUCUCUUGCCACCGGGUCAAGUGUGUAGAGAAAAUGUCAGUGAGUGUGAUCUUCCAGAGUGGUGCAGUGGUACCUCACCUGAGUGUCCAGAAGAUGUGUAUGUGCAGGAUGGGGUCCGUUGCAUGGACAGUGGCUACUGCCAUGAGAAGAGAUGCAAUGCACGUGAUGAACAGUGCAGACAGAUCUUUGGCAAAUAA